CCAGGUUCCCAAACGCGGUACUCCUUCUCCGAAGGCUUCCGAGCCAAAAACCAAACUACGAUCCUGAACUACACCUCCAUCCUGACUGACUUCGGCAUCAAACAUCUGUACCGCCAGACCAACAUCUCAUCCCCCCUCAUUAGCGUCUACACAGACGAGUCGCACGCCAGAAACGUCGCCCUCGCAUUCUCCCGCAAAUACGGUGCUGGGUGUAUGGUUGUCGGAAUCGAUACGGGACACUUGGCUCGAGGCCCUGUGUUUCGCGCAGCAGACUUGUUGAAGGAUAGGGAAGUGACUCCAGAGCAGAGUUGGUUGCAUUAUAGUGAGUAUUUGGUUAUGUAUCGGAUCCCGGCGCAGGCAAUUCGGGAGGAAACG